AUGGCGGCGCCCUUGGCCGGGCGGGCGCGGGCCGUGCUGCGGGACCGGGCCCUGCGAUCCGCCCGCCUGCGCGGCGAAUUCCCGACUGUUCAAUUAACCCCCAGACGAUGGCUCAACCUGCAGGAGUACCAAAGCAAAAAAAUAAUGGCAGACCAUGGGGUUACAGUUCAGAGAUUCUUUGUGGCUGAUUCUGCAAAUGAUGCCCUGGAGGCUGCUCAGAGACUGAAGGCAAAGGAAAUUGUUCUGAAGGCACAGAUUUUGGCUGGAGGGAGAGGGAAAGGUAUUUUCAAUAGUGGAUUGAAAGGAGGAGUUCAUCUAACUAAAGACCCUAAGACUGUUGAACAGCUUGCUAAACAGAUGAUUGGGUACAAUCUGUCAACCAAGCAAACUCCAAAGGAUGGUGUGACAGUUAAAAAGGUGAUGGUUGCAGAAGCACUGGAUAUUUCCAGGGAAACAUACUUUGCAAUUCUGAUGGACAGAGCCUGCAAUGGACCUGUCAUGGUUGGCAGUCCGCAGGGUGGUGUGGAUAUAGAAGAAGUUGCAGUAACUAACCCAGAACUUAUAUUUAAGGAGGAAAUAGAUAUUUUUGAAGGAAUAAAGGAUCGUCAGGCAUUGCAGAUGGCAAAAAAUUUGGGAUUCCAAGGACCUUUGCAGCAGCAGGCAGCAGAACAAAUUAAGAAGCUGUAUAACCUUUUCUUGAAAAUUGAUGCCACUCAGGUUGAAGUCAAUCCCUUUGGUGAAACUCCAGAAGGGCAAGUUGUUUGCUUCGAUGCCAAGAUAAACUUCGAUGACAACGCAGAAUUUAGGCAAAAAGAAAUAUUUGCCAUGGAUGACAAGUCUGAAAGUGAGCCCAUAGAGAAUGAAGCUGCCAAAUAUGACUUGAAAUAUAUAGGACUGGAUGGAAACAUUGCUUGCUUUGUCAAUGGAGCUGGACUUGCAAUGGCAACGUGUGAUAUAAUAUCCCUGAAUGGUGGAAAGCCAGCCAACUUCCUGGAUCUGGGUGGAGGUGUGAAAGAAGCACAAGUCUAUCAAGCAUUCAAGCUGCUGACUGCUGAUCCAAAGGUUGAAGCAAUCCUUGUGAACAUUUUUGGUGGGAUUGUGAACUGUGCCAUCAUAGCCAAUGGUAUCACCAAAGCCUGCCAAGAGCUGGAACUGAAGGUACCUCUGGUGGUCAGACUGGAAGGAACAAAUGUCCACGAAGCCCAGCGUAUUCUGAGUGAAAGUGGACUCCCCAUCACAUCUGCCAAUGACCUUGAGGAUGCAGCAAAGAAGGCAGUGGCAAGUGUGGCCAGAAAAUAGCACCUUGAAGAUUAUUCUCAUGGAAAGUACUUGUGUUUGACAAGGCAUCAUUCCUGCUGUUGUUGCAGAGGAUUAGUGGAAUGUCCUAAGCAGUUACCAGGCUCGGUGGACUUAACUGGAGAUACGUGGCCAACCCAGGCUAUAGGCCUGUGAGUUGGGUUUCAGAAAUUUUGAAGCUACAAUCUCCAAAAGUUUGUAUGUCUUUAUCUAAUUUUGGUGAUUUUGUUAGUCGCAUCUGUGAUAAGUAAUGCUUCACUCCCUAAAGCUCUUUUUUGUCUCUUCUAAAAUUGAUAAAGUCACGAGAAGACAGAAUAAUUCUGUCAACGGAAUUGUUCUUUAACCAAACACUUCUAGGUCACCUAUUUCACCAUAUUUUCAUUCAUGUUUUUAUAUUGUAAAGAGUCAGCAAACUAACAGUGGGUUUAUAUUUUUAUGGACUUUUGCAAUAAUGUAAAAAGCUGUGCUUACAAUGCUAUUUUUAUUCAAAUGAAUGAUGUUGAUUUUCUUUUCCUUUUUUUUUUUAAGUCACUGGUUUUGCCUUAAGAUGAUUCUCUUCUGUUGAUGCCAAUGGAUACCUCACAAUAGGAAAAGGGAUUGAGUAGUAGGGUAGUGAAAGGAGCUCCCACUCUUACCGUGCCUAUAACCACUGAAAUGUGAUUCAUUUCCUUUCUAGUUUUUUGGAAAUGCCCUGCUGUAUUUCCAGGUGUAGCAAUGCCAUACAGGGGGCUCCAGGAGGAUAUUUCUGCCACUAAGGAAAUGGCUGCUAACUUUUUAAAAUAACCUCUUUUAUGAGAAUGUCACUGCUGUGAGGUUUUAAAGCAAGGUGAGAAACUGAAGCAGUUUUCUCUCAGGAGCAUGGAGAAUUCUUCAUCUGAUUUAAC